CUGAAAAAUGUGAGUUGUUCAUUGUCUAUCAGUUUUCAUCCUGUUGUACAUGCCAAAUACAGCAAUCUCAUUCUGUUUAUCUAUUUUGUCUAUGGCACUGACUUUAGUGCUGGUUUAUAACCAGAUUGAAGUAGCAGUGAACGAAUGGGAUAUACCUAGUGCAUCCUAUGACACUGUUGAGGGAGCAGCCAAGGCUUAUGAUGAGGCAGCCUGCAUCCUCCGUGUUGCCAACACCAGGACCAACUUCUGGCCAUGUUCUCUGACUUCUAAUCCUACCCCAGCUCUUCCUUCUAAGAUCACUAGCCUCCUUUUCCAUAGGCUAAGAGGCAGAAACAACACCUCCGAUUCCUUGCCAGAUUCUUCCUUGAUUAAAAAGCAAGAAAUUCAAGGAGAAGAAAAGAAGCAUAAUGAAGGAUCAGGGGAUUUUAAUACUACUGAAAAUGCUUCUGAUUACUUGACAACGAGUCUUGAAUCAUGUUUCACAAAGGAGGAUUCUAGUGGGAGAAAUUUGGGGUUGGAUUAUUGCAAUUUCAGGAUGCUGCUCAAUCUUCCAGGUGUGAUGACAUUGUUGAACAAGGACCUGAUAUGGAAGCACUUGAUUUUCAUUUUGUGGAUGACAUUGGAUCAUCCGGUUACUACUCUCCAUUCGAGAUGGCUGAAGAGAUUUGAGGAGCCAAAGGAGGCAGAGAAUUUCUUGAACGAGCCCUCAAUGUUAAGAGCUGCCAUGAAGAGAAUAAAGUAUGAGAGGAAGUUCUCUGCUUCUCUUUAUGCUUUCAAUGGAAUACCAGAGUGUUUGAAGUUAAGGCUCGAGUUUGAAAAUGUCGAGGGUGGAAGAGUAAAAGUUGAACUAUCAAUUCAAAGUCUAGAGGGCAAGAAAGGAGAAGGAAAUGGAAAUGAAGUGAUGGCGAAGAAAGUGGAGGAGAGCCUGGAUUCUCCAAGCAGCUCAGUGGAAACGAAGUCUUCUUCAAGCAAUGAAUGUGAAUUUUGUCUGUGGAGCUCACUUGAUCUUCCAACUAUCUGUUCUGUUAACUGAUGGAUGUAAGUAGUACUGCUUUGAUUCCGGGUACUAGUUCUGAUCUUCUGAGAUAGGUUGAGGGAAUAAUGACAUAUUGACAUGUAACGAUGGGUUUAUAACCCUGAAAUUUGUUCUUUCUCUCAUGUUCAUGAAUCAUUAAUUUUGUGAGCAAUUAUUCUAAUUUCUAGUACUUUAUCAAGAUAGAUAGAGACUGUGAAAGCCAAUAAAGCAUUUGUAUAGUG